AUGUCAAAUCAAAACAGUAACUACAUUGCUUUACAGGAACGACCAAAUAUGUCAGGCCCUACUAGUACAGAACAGAUCCAAGAUACAGUAAACCAAACAAUCAAUGUCAUGAAAGACAAUGUACAAAAAAUGGCAGUUCGUGACGACCAACUGAACCGACUCGAGGAAGGCGCAAACAAUCUGGCAGAGUCUGCAGGACAAUUUCGUCAACAGAGUCAACAAGUUAAGAAGAGAAUGUGGGUCAAAAACACCAAAAUGAAAGUCUGUCUGGCCAUUGGCAUUAUUGUACUGAUUGCUGUUAUUGUCAUUCCACUUGUUGUUCACUUUACUUAA